AUGGCAUCCGUACCCGCACUUCGCAAAGCGCUUGCGUACUUCGAAGAGCCCUCCCGUGGGCCGGUUCCUGCAGACAUCUAUGAGGCGCAGUACUGGGAGAUGGCCGGCGCGCAUGCGUGUCUAAUGAAUGGGCUGCUGAACGUGUACCAGAAAGCAACGUCAGUGCCCACGGGAAAGGAAGCAGAUUUCGUUGGAUAUGCCCUCCAAUGGGUUGCAGCCCUUGAGCACCAUCAUCACUGGGAAGAGACGAUAUACUACCCACUCUUCAACCCAAAGUUCGACACCUCCGCCAUCGUCGCGGAACACGCCACCUUCACGGAAGGAAUGCAUGCGUUCGAGACGUACCUCGUUUCGUGUCUCCCUCCCAGCGAGACGUGGGGCUACGGCCAAGUUGCGGGGCCCCAUGAACAGCAGCCGUACGAUGGCGAGCGGCUGACGGCGCUUGUAGAUGCGUUCGUCGAGCCGCUCACGAAGCAUUUCAUGCAAGAGAUCACGUACCUUGAGCCUGCGAAGCUGCGCGCGUCCGGGCUGACGGAAGAGGAGGUCAAGCACAUUGCCGACGUCAGUACGCAACAUAUGAAGGAGAUGCCACCGACGACCUUCCUCGUGUACACGAUCAUACACACACCACCAUCGUCCGGUUUUCCGCCGGUGCCGGGAUUCGUCAAGUCUUUCUUGGGGCCGUAUGUGUUCGCGUUGCCGAACAGACGUUAUUGGCAAUUCGCACCGAAAAACGGAGUGUGCUAG